GUGACAAAAAAUCCAGCACAUCAAAAAGAGACAAAAAGGUGAAAUAGUAAAGUACACUCUACAAACUGAACCAAGUUAAUCUCAUCCAUUUUCUCAAGUCUCUUCACGCCCCACCCCACCCCACCCCCAAAACGCUGAUGGAGAAGUUGCCACCUGAACUUUUUCUCAGAAUUUUCUGUCUCUUGGAUCACCGUAAUCUUGCAACUGCACAAUUGGUUUGCAGAAGAUGGAAAAUGUUGGGUUCAGAUAACAGUUUAUGGUGUGAUCUGUUUAUAGAGAGAUGGGGAUCAGAUCAAGCCACUUUUUAUGCCCCUGUUGAUUCCAAAUCAUGGAAACAUGUCUAUAUGGUUCAAGAUCGUUGUGAUCGCAAUGGAUUGGGAUUGAAAAUUAUAAGAGAAGGAGAUGACUACUAUCUUAUUCACCAGGGUGAAAUUCAGAGACAUUUAGGUUCAAGAAAAUCGAAAAUCGAAGAUUUAUGUGAUUCAUCAGCUGACUAUAAAGAUGAUAGAGAGGAGGUACCAAGUUUAAGCAUCUUGGACAAGAUACUUUUCUUCAUUGGGGACUUGGAAUCUGCUUCUGUCCAGGCUAAACGAAGCCGAUUGGUGUAAAGAACUUUUCUUUUUUGAAUAACAGUAAUAUCUUGAUCAAUUUACGUGCACCUCAAUUAUUUUGGAUAGCUCUGCUCCGCUCACCAAAGCUUAGGCAAAUGUGAAGAAAUUAGCUAACAUUUUUUUGUUUGUAUCUUGUUGAAAUUGUUAGUUUUAUGUAAUAAUAAAUGUUUCAAUAUAUUUCCAUGUUU